AUUUCCGUGCUCGUGUGAUAUAAAACCUGACGCGAACUUGUCAUGUCAAUGAAAUACUGGCCACCGACAACUGACGAAUCUAGCCGUAACUACUUAUUUAUUGUGUAAUUUACAUUACGUGUUGGUAUUUGUUGACUAUCUUACAUCCAAGAGGGAUUCAACCAUGAUCAAAGCUAUUGGUAUAUUGACAUGGUGUGUGGUGCUGACCCUUGCGCGUCCUAACCCCGGGACUGGAGGGCUACCGAAGAGGAAGUUUCCCCUUCAUGGAAGCGGGUUUAGAUCACUUGACCCCGAGACCAACUUGACGAUGGACCAGAUAAUGACCCAGCAACUCGGGGGGAUUUCAGAGGUUGGAAACAAAAUGAUGGACUCUGGCGGCCUGAUUCUCGCAGAAUUAGACCUUCGACUCACCCCAGAGCAGUAUGCUGCAUUCUACGGCACAGACAGUGUUGUGACAGCUGGCUCGCGAGGACGCUCCAAGCGGAAGGCGGUCAAAGACCCCAUGUUAAGAUGGUUCCACGGAGAGAUCCCGUACACGUUCGCGGAAAACACCUUCGAUGCUAAAGACACGGUGUUGAUCAAGGAGGCCAUGACGGAGUGGGAGAGAUACACGUGUCUCAACUUCAAGGCAGCUACGCCCUCUCAUACCAACGUCGUGGACUUCAUUAACGGAGACUCGUGCAGCUCCCAGUUGGGUAUGGUCGGGGGCAGGCAGGCGCUCAUGUUGAAUGCACCCGGGUGUAGAUUCAGAGGCUUGUACCUGCACGAGAUCGGCCACGCUAUCGGCCUGAUCCACGAACACCAGCGUCCAGACAGGGAUAGCUACGUGGACAUCUACUUGCAGAACGUCGCCCCGAGUCUCCAAUUCUCCUUCACGAAGUACCCCAGGGAUAAGGUUGACCUUGUCAACACCGAGUACGAGUACUCCUCCAUCAUGCACUACGGUGUCACGGCGUUCUCUAGAGAUGGUAAACUGAAGACGCUUCGUCCCAAGGAUCCAGCUCGAGAGGAGGAGAUUGGGAAAGUAUAUCUGAAGGAGCUCUCCUUCAAUGAUGUGCUGGCCGUCAACAACAUGUAUAACUGUGCAGGAAAUUGUCCCGCCACAGUCAAGUGUGAAGAUGGCGGCUUCGUUGACCAGACCUGCCGCUGUGUGUGCCCGGACGGAACACGUGACUGUGAAGUGGGCUACAAGGCACCCGAGACUGAUGGUGACUGCAGCAACGCCUAUGACGACUGGCAAUGCGCCGUGUGGGCCAACUCCGGCCAGUGCACCAGAAACAACAAGUUCAUGAGUACGGGCUGCAUGAGGGCGUGCCAGUUGUGCUCCUACACCGUGGCGCCGACUGCAAGUGUGGGCUGUGAAGAUCUGUAUCCCAAGAAGUGUGCCAAGUGGAAGAAGAAUGGCGACUGUGUUGCCAACGAGUGGUGGAUGUCCCUGAACUGCCGAAAGACGUGCAACGCCUGUGUUGACAAAAGCCAGAGAUCAGAGACUCAGUGUGAGAAUAAGUUCAGUGAUUCCUCCAAGUGUGACAAGUGGGCGGCUGACGGCGAGUGUAAGAUCAACCCUGCAUGGAUGCUCAUCAACUGCCGCAAGUCAUGUCAGACAUGUGACCAAACCCCUCCAGUCGUUGACGAAACUAAAGGAAACUGUGUGGACAUCCACAGUGACAAGCAGGCGUGUGCUGACUGGGCUAGGGCCGGGGAGUGCAAGGCGAACCCCACGUGGAUGCAAGUCAACUGUAAGAAGUCGUGUGGCAUUUGUAGCGGUGGUGGAUCUGUCGUCACGACCAAACCUGUGAAGUGUGUGGACACCGACCUCCGCUGCUCGUCGUGGGCUGCCACUGGCGAAUGUGUGAAGAACCCCAACUGGAUGCUUGACAACUGUGCCGUGUCCUGCGACGUCUGUGUACCCGACUCCGUCACCACGCCCUUCACCCCCGACAUCACCCCCGACAUCACCCCCGACAUCACCCACCCUACCGUUGGCCCGCAAGUUCCCUGCACUAAUCUUCACGACGACUCUGAGUGUGGAGUGUGGGCCAGCACGGGACACUGCGAGAUAAACCCAGAUUGGAUGCACCAUAACUGCCGCAAAGCAUGUCGGUUGUGUGUUGAGGUCAAGGCCACACCGUCACCACCAGAUUGCACAUGUAAAAAGAGUGGAUCUGGAGUCAUGCGACCACCGACCUUCACGCUACUGACGUGUUUCACACUUCUAUUCGUCCUCGCGUCCAGUCAUCUCUGAGAAACUAAGAAGCGAAGAAUUUACAGGUCGAAUAAUUGUAACAAGACUUACCAAACGUCAUUAUCAUAUUAGUGUCCAAUACAAGUGUUCUUAUACAUACAAGUUUUAUACUGGCACCGAAGGGAGAUUCUGUCUGUCGGUCUGUUCACCGUUGGUGUUUUUACUACGGUCAAUAUACCUUUAGUGUGUACGUGUGCACCCCUGGUGGAUGUUAUAUUGUUAAUGUGAGAAAAAAAUGCCUGUGAUAUUUUAUACUUUUGUCCCACCAGGAAACUGUAUUUAUUGCAACUUGAUGUAUUUGACCGAUAAUAUAAAUUAUUGAAAAUGUGUAUGUGGGAUGUUCAAUAUUUUCUAUAUUUCAAAAAAUAAAUUAUUUUGAUAUA